UGAGGGAACGAAGCGGCUCGUUGUGCGGCCGGAGGGACCUGAGCUGCUGCUGCUGCUGCUGCUUCCUCCUCCUCGUCCCUCCCCUCCCUUCUCCCCGACGCCGUUUUCGCCCUCCUCAUCCGCCGCCCUCCUCAUCGUCCCGCCGGAGCCGCAGCCCGUCGUCAGGUUUCUUUUCUAAUUAAAAUGUCUAAUGGUUAUGAAGAUCACAUGGCUGAAGACUGCCGGGACGAUAUUGGUAGGACCAACUUAAUCGUUAACUACCUUCCUCAGAACAUGACCCAGGAUGAGUUGCGGAGCCUGUUCAGCAGCAUUGGGGAAGUAGAAUCUGCCAAGCUUAUUCGAGACAAAGUUGCAGGACACAGCUUGGGAUAUGGCUUCGUGAACUACGUGACCGCUAAAGAUGCCGAAAGAGCAAUAAACACGCUGAACGGCUUGAGACUUCAGUCCAAAACCAUCAAGGUGUCAUAUGCCCGCCCAAGCUCUGAGGUUAUCAAAGACGCGAAUUUGUACAUUAGCGGGCUGCCACGGACAAUGACGCAGAAAGAUGUCGAAGACAUGUUUUCACGGUUUGGACGCAUUAUCAACUCGCGUGUGCUGGUUGACCAAACUACAGGUUUGUCCCGAGGGGUUGCGUUUAUCCGGUUUGACAAACGGUCAGAAGCUGAAGAGGCCAUUUCGAGCUUCAACGGCCACAAGCCCCCCGGCUCCUCCGAACCGAUCACGGUGAAAUUUGCCGCCAACCCCAACCAGAACAAAAACGUGGCAUUGCUCUCACAGCUGUACCACUCGCCAGCUAGACGGUUUGGCGGGCCUGUCCAUCACCAGGCACAGAGAUUCAGGUUCUCUCCUAUGGGUGUAGAUCACAUGAGUGGGCUUUCUGGUGUAAAUGUCCCAGGAAACUCCUCUUCGGGCUGGUGUAUCUUCAUCUACAACCUCGGCCAAGAUGCCGAUGAGGGAAUUCUCUGGCAGAUGUUUGGCCCUUUUGGCGCGGUGACUAAUGUCAAAGUCAUCCGCGACUUCAACACCAACAAGUGUAAAGGCUUUGGCUUUGUGACAAUGACAAACUAUGAAGAAGCCGCCAUGGCCAUAGCGAGUCUUAACGGCUACCGGCUGGGGGACAAAAUCUUGCAGGUUUCCUUCAAAACCAACAAGUCCCACAAAUAACUUCGCUCGUGGCUUUUUUUUUUUCCUUUUUUUUUUUUUUUUUGUAUGGAAUAGAUAAUUGAGUGACGGAAAAGUUUGAAAUCUUUUUUUUUUGGUUUUGUUUCGGUUAGUGUACAACUCAUUUUUUGCGCCAAUUUUCACAAAAAAAAGUUGUUUGUCUUUAGUCUAAAAUGAGACGUGGAAAAGGGUUUUAUAUUCUGGGAUGCCACCAACAUGUUCAAAUGUUUUGGAGGGUUGGGGUUGUCUUUUUUUAAAAAAGUCCUGCAAUGUUCUCAGUUUCCCCCCCCCCCCCCGCUCUUGAGUGGUUCUGUUCACGAAUGACCCUUGAGCCCCCAAAUCUAAAAUUAAUGGUAGGAACUACUCUAGGCCAGCAGUGAAAUUAUCAGGCAUGCCAUCUCUUAAGAGACUCCGCUGCACAUUUCGCUGAAUGGGUUUUGCGAAGUCUGGGACUUCAUCCAAGCUUCGGUAUAAUGUUAUCCCCAAUAACCCGGAGCGAAGCUUGGAAACCAAAGUUUUAGUUAGUAACAAAUUUUGCUUUUUAUCCAGUAACUUGCUAGUUAUAAUUCAUUUGUAGGAGGAAAGUCUGGUGAAUUUUGUAACCUCAUUCACCAAAUUGGUUGAUUGAUAAGCGAAAUGUCAAACUGGAAAAAACAUUUAUUUCCCUUUUUUUUUCCCCUUCAAAAGCCCAGUUUCCAAUAAGAAAGGACCAAAGAGUUUCAGAGAAACUCUGGGAAGAUUUCAGAGUGAAAAAAGAAACUCCAAAUCCAUCUUUGCCACUUCUUCAGAGUUCUUAUCUCUCAAGUUGCACGUCCCAGUGCAUUAACUUCCUGAUAAAACAAAUGUGGCAAAAUUUAAUGUUAACCUACUUUCAAAUACAAGUUUUAGUUUGACUUAACUGAGUUCUUAAGUUUCUUUUUUAUAAAACUGCUACAAACAUUUGAGCAUCAUAAUUUUUGCAUCCCUUCUAAUAAAUACUAGAUUAUUAUUUUUUCCUAUUUUAAUAGGGGUUUUCUUCUGACAAAUAGCUUUACAAUUUUGAACACUCGGCAGAAACGUACAUUAAAACUUGCAAGUUAGAGAUUUAAGAGAGACAAAAAAAAUAAUUGAUUUUUGUAGACUUAAGAUUUUAAUUAAUCCCCAAAGUUUUCUUCAGGCUGCCUUGAAACUUUGAGUUCUGUUAAUUUUCUUUUGCUUUUUUGUGUUUUCGUUUGUUUUUACUUUUGCAUUUAAGACCAAUUAAAUUUGAUUUGGUUUUGCUCAA